AUGAGACAACAUAAGAUGCAGGGGUGUCUACAAAACAAAGACCUAAGACCUAAGACCUAAGACCCAAAAACGAAGACUAGUUUUUUUUACAGGCCUAUCAAACCAGAGCCAGUCAAGUCGGGUCAACGCUUUUCCUCAGACACCAACUGAUGCGAAAUGAAUGGGGUCUUCGUUUUGUAGAUUAAGCCGUGUCAAACUACAAAACGAAGACCCUCGCGUAAAUGCUUUGUUCGUUGUCAACUGAAGCGAAAUGAAUGGGGUCUUCGUUUUGUAGAUUAAACCGGGUCAAACUACAAAACGAAGACCCUCGCUUAAAUGCUUUGUUCAUUGUCAACUUUACGAUGCUUUGCCUGGAAAAAUGUGAAUAUAGACAUGCUUUGGGAGCUCAUACCUUCUAGACCUCACCGCUUAGAAAAUGUAAGAAAACACAAAGAACGAUAUUCUAGUUGCUAAUAUUACAGUUAGUCAAUGUUAAUGAAUAAUGAAUAACAUACUUAGUUUUACAAAAGGUAUUUUUUAAUAAUCAGUGAAAUUUAAGCGAAGAAAAGUCGGAACGAACUUUUGAAACACCCUGUAUAUAAGACAUCUAUUAUCUAAGAACAUAUGAGGAAUUUACUCUAACUCAGGGCUGCAAAACUUUGAGUUAACUAUAUGUAAAAAUUGGAUAUCAAUUUUGUGGUAUCCUUUGUUACUUCGCAUACAUUUUGUAGCUAUACCACGCGAUGAUUACCAUUAAAAACAGUUCAAACUAUCAUGGCAGUGUGAGCAUAGCGUAUAUGACAUUGGUGACAAGAAACAAAAAUACAUGCUGCAAGAAGAGAUAUAUUGACAGAAGAUCAUGAUAAACAAAAGCAGAGGAGACGAGGAGGCCAACGGCAAGGAUACUAGUGAGAUAAGAAGCGAAAAGAAAGAGGAAAUUAUCAAAAGCAUUGGACAUUGUAGACCUCACGUUAGAGAAAAAAAAAGCCAAACAAAGGAACUAAUAGCACAAGCAACCCAACAGAAAUUCAAGUCUCAACUUUCGGAAAAUCACUUAGAUUAAACUCAUUCAAGAUUCCAGAAAACCCCUUAUUAGAAACUGGCCGAGCGUGGCAAGCAUGGCGCGAAGACUUCAAAGAAGAAACAGAAUAUUUUGAAAUCAAGGCCGUGAAAGACAAAGUAAGCGCCCUCAAAAUCUAUGGCGAGAAGAAAUCUAGAAACCUUCCAGACACUGCUCCUGUUGAAGACAACAACGACUACUAGAAAUUAUUCCAGAAACUCAACAACCACUUCUUACUGAAGAAAAACAAACAGCAUGCGAGAUACAUGUUUAGCAAACAAUGACAAGAACUGGGAGAAAGUAUCUUAAACUACACAGUGUGGCUACGAGAGAAGGGGAAAGAUCGUGAAUUCAGCCCCCAGACCUAUGAUAGGAUCCUCAAACAACUCAUACAAACAAUCAAGGAUAACCUUAUCAAGAAAAGUGUACAGAAGAGGUGGAUACUUGACCACUUCCUCGAAGAAGCCAGCCAAAAAGAAGACGUUAACCAGCAAGUAAAAGACAUGAAAAAGGAUUACAGAAUCUCCAAAGUGAAACAUCAAUGGGGAAAAUCUCAGAGAGAUGCUAGAGGAGGUGCAAGACACCCAAGCUUACUAAAAAAGAAACCCCCACUGCAAGAAAACUGCAAGCAAGAACACAAGAAAGAAGAAAAAAGCCCCAAGAAUAGUUGCCAAUUCUGCGAAAACACAGGACUCCAUUCCCCUGGACGCAGCUGGCCAGCUUAUGGACAGCAUUGCCUGAAGUGUGGUAAAUAUAAUCAUUAUGCAACAUGCUGUAGAUCAGGAUAG